AUGUCCUCCUCAACCCGCCCGAAACCGUCCCGCAAGAGCUCUGGAAACCACAGAAGUACACUAUCAUUACAACGGGCUGAAGUGACCAUCAACAUCUACGAUCUCCUCCCUCCCGGCAAGGUCUCGACUGUGCUGUGGGCAAUUGGCAGCUCCCUCCUGCACUCAGGCGUUGUUAUUGGCGACAGGGAAUAUGCAUAUGGUGGGCACGACCGGCGAAACUUGACUGGGGUGUACUGGACAAAGCCUGGACAAGAACCUCCAGGCGGAACCUUCAAGCAAGCCGUCCUCCACGGCUUCUCUUUCCGACCUGCAGACGAACUAGAGUCUAUUAUACAAGAGGCCUCCCUAGAGUUCCAGGGCACAUCCUACAACCUCCUCACUAAGAAUUGCAACCACUUCACCUCGUACCUCUGCGAGAAGCUCACGGGCCGCCCAGCCCCGGCUUGGCUCAACCGCGCCGCCAGCAUAGGCGUAGCCCUCCCAUGCGUUGUACCACGGGAAUGGAUUGCGCCACCGGAUUAUGAUACUGCGGAUGGAGAGCUCCUUGAUGAGGACUUUGAAGACGAAAGAGCGUCUAUGCUGCGACACGACCGCGAAAGAGAACGCCAUCUCGCGACCGCAGAGGAAGUGGACUGGGAGGAGGAAGAGAGCCGCUCUAGUCGAAGUGAGCUAGGCAGCGCAAGGCGCAAUAUUAGAUUCGAGUCCGGAAAUCUUGCACCCAGGCUUGUAAAGGACACCGACAGUAGUGGUAGGACGCUGCCUUCGGCGGAAAGAGCGCCCUUGCCGAGAAAUUUAACCUGA